AUGUCUUUCUCAGAGUAUAUCCAGACUGUUCGAGCCGUCUUGGAGUCGCUGUCUCCGCCUGAGAUUGUGUCUGUUUCACGGGAACGAGAAAAUUUUCGACGUAAGCUGAUCGCCCACAUGGCUGAGAUUACCAAACAUCAUGGUUGGUAUAUGCCCAGCUUUACCAGUUUUAUACUGCUGGAUGCAUCAGUGUACAGUGUGGAAUUUCAAGAAUUGGCCAAAAGUCCCGAUGGAUUUCCAUGGGCGGUCUGGAAAAUAUUUGGCAUUAAUCAUUUAAUAGAUAUGGCCAUGACGGUGUAUUUCCAAGGAAUUCGGACAGAACUCGAGCAGUGGCAGAAAAUGGGUGAGUUAGUUUUGGAAUCUAUCUAUUCAUCCUAUUGCUCUGAAAACUGCUUCAAAAGGCCUGCAGACUGUUCCAUCUGCACUCGGCCUCUCUAUCACGAAACGACUACCACCUGCGGACACAAAUUCCACGUUUCGUGCCUUGAGAAAUGGAUGCUGGAAAAUACCACCUGUCCCCUGUGCAGAUACGAACUGUGA